UCCAAAAAAUGCACACCGCCCACAGACCACCAAAGGCUUGGGUUUCACGCGCUAUCAGAGACAGAUUGCUAUGCGAUGACUCGCGAUCGAACGUCCUGAGAAGAAAAAACCUCGUUCAAAGUAACCUCUUUCUCCCUCUUCCUUGAACACGUGUGUUUGGCUGAGCCGCCGAACGCGGCAACUUUCUACGUCGAAGCAAACUGUUAAUGUUCUCUGUCUGGGGUUCUGGUGGUCUGCUUUUUAUCGAUGGACGACGAUGGUGGAGGGGCAGAUGAUCACGGUUCUGGUUGGCUAGAAGUGAAGAAGAGGCAUCGGGUUAGUGCACCAAAAAUUUCAUCCCAGAAUCUCAUUGGAGGAAAGUCGAACACUCUGAAAACUCGUCGUGUUGCAGCUCACUUCCGGAAAUCCACAAGUCAGAAAUUAGUGAACCGGCAUUGCACAACUAUUUCUCACCCUCCAAAUGGGUUACAUAACUUACCUGGUGGUGUAAAAAAUAGUGCAGGAAUUUCAGAUUUUUAUGAUAGAAAGCAUGUUAAUCAAGAGUCAAAAGAUUGUAUUUCUUCGCAAAUUGCUGGGAGUUUAACUGAAGAAGCAUCAUGCUUAAUAAAAUUUGUGGAUGAGGGUGGCCAUGGUAAAGUAAUCGAGGAAAGAAGUACAAAGGAAAGUGUGGUGUCAGACAAUUUGAAAGAUAUUGUUUCUAAGAUUAGGUGGGGGAAUCUUGACAAUGACUCUUUUGUGGUAAACAAGAAUUUGCAUAGCACCAGCCGAAGCUUGGAAAUUAAUUGCAUGAGUGAAAAUUCCACCCUCCAUGGAGGUCAGCAGGUUUCAGAACCAAAUCUUCUGGCAUGUGCUGAUUCCCUGGAGGAGAAGGAUGUUCCUAUAUCAGAAGCCACUGUUCAUUUCUCAGCUGGACAAGAUGAAGUUGUUGAGGGAAAGGAUGAUAAUGAAGUCAAUAUUGUGGCUUCUGACAUUACAAUUAUUCAUGACAUCAAGCCUGAAGGAGUAGCUUCUAAUGGUGGUGUUGACACUCUCUCUGAGAGCUACACUGAGUACUUUGAUGCCAGCUUAAAACUCAAUGAAGUUGCUGACAUAGUUGUGGCAAAUGUUUCUGAUCCUCUGUCUGAAAAUAUUCACCUUCUGGCAGCUGGGCAAGAUAAGUCUCUGACCGAGAUGUUGACAUGUGGGGAUGCAGUAUCAGUUAUUGCUGAAGGUGCACUAGAAAGUGCAGUACAUGGCAUUUUCACUUCUCACUCUCAAGAUGCUGCUGCAUGUGCUUCUUCAUCUUGUGUUUCUCCUGGUGAUUUUUCCGUGAUUCAUGAAAAUGAAACCUGUGAUGAUCAUGUGCGAGGUACUCCAAGGGAUGAUAUGGUGGACAAAACAGGUAUUUUAGUGGAGAAGCCUGUGGAUAUGAAAUUGGCGAAUGAUCAUUUGACUGUGGAUGUAAAAUUGGAAAAUGAUCAUUUGGUAGAUGAUUUGGCAAAAGAUGAAACUGGGGGGAGUAAAGAAAGAUUUAGGGAACGGUUGUGGUGUUUUCUGUUUGAAAAUCUUAAUAGAGCUGUUGAUGAGCUCUAUCUACUGUGUGAAUUGGAGUGUGAUAUGGAACAAAUGAAUGAGGCUAUACUGGUAUUGGAAGAAGCAGAAUCUGAUUUUAGAGAACUAAGAUCUCGGGUUGAAGGAUUUGAGAACACUAAAAAGCCCUCAUCCCACUCAUCUAUUGAUGGAGUUUCUGGAAAUACAAGGGUGGAACAUCGCAGGCCACAUGCCCUUUCUUGGGAGGUCAGAAGAAUGAGUACAUCAUCUCAUAAAGCGGAGAUACUGUCAUCCUCUUUAGAGGCUUUUAAGAAAAUUCAAAUGGAAAGAGCCAAGAUGUGUUCCUCGUGCAAUUCCCAAGGGAAUACUUCUAUAUGUUCGAGGGCUGAUCCAAGUCUCAAAUGUCUUCCAAAGAAGUCUUCUGUGAGAACAGUUGCUACACCUUUGUCUGGCGGUCUUGGCAGUAAAUCAAGAAAGCAGAACUGUCUAGGUGGAGGUUCUGUAUUUGCUAAGCAAAAUUUAGAGACAAGCAAGAAAACAUCUUUAUCACAAAACAGUCACCUGCCAACACAAAUGUUAUCUUCUUUUGACUGCAGUGGCACUCAGGUGCCUGAAAAAGACAGCUGUUCUGAUGCUGACAUGAACAAGAAAAAAUCAUCGAGGCCACAUGCUGAACUGGAAGGGCCAGUUCCUAACAAGGAUAAAGUUCUGUCAGAAAGUAGAAUUGAGAAAGGCCUCAGGCCAGUAGAUUCUUUGAAAAAAAGUACAGACAAAGAAAAGGACAAAAAGAGUGCAGUCUCAUGGAAACCAAUAGAUGCAUGGAAAGAGAAGAGAAAUUGGGAAGACAUACUUUCAUCUCCAAUGCGGAGUUCUUCUCAGGUUUCACAUUCCCCUGGGUGUAGAAGAAGCAUGGAACGUGCAAGAGUGUUGCAUGAUAAACUAAUGUCACCUGAACGGAAGAAGAAGAGUGCUUUGGAUUUAAAACGAGAAGCUGAUGAAAAGCAAUCACGUGCAACAAGGAUUAGGUUAGAAUUGGAAAAUGAGAGGGUGCAGAGAUUGCAGCGUACUUCAGAGAAGCUGAACCGUGUUAAUGAAUGGCAGGCUGUUCGCAGCUCCAAAAUGAGAGAAGGAUUGUAUGCUCGACAUCAACGUGGAGAAUCUCGCCAUGAAGCAUAUUUGGCCCAAGUUGCAAGAAGGGCGGGCGACGAGAGCAGCAAGGUCAACGAAGUUCGUUUUAUUACUUCUCUUAAUGAAGAAAACAAAAAGCUUAUUUUGCGCCAGAAACUUCAUGAUUCAGAAAUGAGAAGAGCUGAAAAGCUACAGAUAAUGAAAACUAAACAAAAGGAAGAUUUGGCAAGGGAAGAAGCUGUAUUGGAGCGAAGAAAGCUUCUUGAAGCUGAAAAGCUGCAGCGCCUUGCUGAGAUCCAACGUAAAAAGGAAGAGGCUCAGCUAAGAAGAGAAGAGGAACGUAAAGCAUCAAGUGCUGCACGAGAAGCGAGAGCUGUGGAACAACUUCGGAGAAAAGAAGUUAGAGCGAGAGCACAGCAAGAAGAAGCUGAAAUUUUAGCACAAAAAUUGGCUGAGAAACUCAAAGAAAGUGAACUCCGUCGGAAACUUUAUCUAGAGCAAAUACGUGAGAAGGCUUCCAUGGACUACAGAGAUCAAUCUUCACCUUCGCUGAGACGUUCUUCAUACAAGGAGGGGCACAACAGAUCAGCAUCUUCUAAUGGGGUUGAGGAGUAUCAAUCGAAUUGCAUCGUUGGAGCUGGGGUAGCUGCUCUAGUGUUUGGCACCGAAGUCCAACAACAUUCACUAAAAAGAAGGAUUAAGAAGAUUAGACAGAGGCUAAUGGCUCUCAAAUAUGAAUUUACUGAAUUCCCUGAUGGUGCUGAAAGUGUAGGGAUUGGCUCCAAAUCCAUACUGGGAGCUGCUAGAGUAAAAAUUAGUCGGUGGAUACUUGAACUUCAGAAGCUCAGACAGGCAAGAAAAGAAGGUGCAACAAGCAUAGGUUUAAGUGUGGGCGAAAUAGUCAAGUUUUUGGAUGGCAGGGAACCAGAGCUUCAUGCAUCUCGCCAAGCUGGGUUACUGGAUUUUGUUGCUGCAGCAUUGCCUGCUUGUCAUACAUCAAAGCCUGAUUCUUGCCAAGUUACAAUUUCUCUAUUGCAGCUUCUGAAAGUGCUGCUUUCUUUGCCUGCAAACAGGAGCUAUUUUCUUGCACAGAACUUUUUGCCUCCAAUUAUUCCCAUGCUAUCUGCAGCACUUGAGAAUUAUAUCAAAAUUGCUGCAUCUUUGACAUUUCCAGGAAAUACUGCUUCCUCAUACAGUAAAACGUCAGCAGAUAAUUUGGAGUCUAUAUCUGCUGUGCUGGAAGGCUUCUUGUGGUCAGUUACAUCAAUUAUGGGACAUGCUUGCACCAAUGAACGCCAGCUCAAGAUGUGGGAUGGUCUGCUAGAUCUUAUAGUCUCUUAUCGUGUUAUUCAUCAUUUGCGUGAUUUUUUCUCUCUUUAUGACAGACCUCAGGUAGAAGGUUCUCCUUUUCCCUCUCCCAUACUAUUAGGUUUAAAUCUGUUGAAAGUUCUGUCAUCUGGAUGUGGAAUUAUUUCUUCCAUUGAUUGGGAAUCUGGUUUCCCAAAGGCUGUGGAAAAACCAUUAGAGAAGGACAAGGUUGUAGAAUCUGUUGGACAUGUCAGUAAAGUGGGUUCCUCAUUCGUGGACAAAGUAAUUGUUGGAGAGGCCAGCUUACCGUUACACAACAAUGGUUUCGGAGAGGCAUCAGCUGUAUUUGGUUAUUUGAAUGAACAGGAAAAGUCUUUACAUGGUCAGCUGCCUCUAGCUAAUGUGCAAGAUAAUGUGCCAUUAGAUGAUUUGAACAAGAAGAAUGUGCUGGUGGAUUUGUCACUGGGUGUUGCAGAGGUGGGAGAAACAAUGUCUUGUACUUCUGUUAAAUCAAACAAUGGCACAUCAACUCUUCAGACCAUCACAAUUUCUUCCAAGUCCCAAGAUAGUUCUGCCAAGGAGGACAUGAAACCCUUGUUACCUCAAGAAAAUGAGAAGUUGACGAGAGAGGAUGGUUAUUUUUCACAGCAGGCAGAUAUUAUUGUGGAUGUGAAGAAUGAAGAUGCUCAGGACACUAACUUGAGGGAACCAAUUUCCUUUUUUGUUUCGGUUAUAGCAGAAAGUGGCUUGGUCAGCCUCCUGUCAUUGUUAACAGCUGUUCUACUGCAGGCAAAUAACCGUCUGUCAUCUGAACAGGGCUCUUAUAUCCUCCCAACAAAUUUUGAAGAAGUUGCUAUUGGCGUAUUGAAGGUGUUGAAUAGCUUGGCUGUCAUUGAUAUGAUGGCUCUACAAACUAUGCUUGCUCGCCCUGAUCUGCAAAUGGAGUUUUUCCACCUCAUGAGCUUCUUUCUUUCUUAUUGUACCAGCAAGUGGAAAUCUGCCACUGAUCAGGUGGGAUUGCUUUUGCUUGAAACGCUUCUUCUACUUGGCUACUUUGCACUGUUUCACCCAGGCAAUCAAGCAGUUCUGAGAUGGGGCAAAAGCCCUACCAUCCUUCACAAGGUUUGCGAUCUACCAUUUGUCUUUUUCAGCGACCCUGACUUGACACCAGUUUUAGCUGGCACUCUGGUAGCAGCCUGCUAUGGUUGUGAGCAGAACAGAGGUGUAGUGCAGCAAGAGCUAAGCAUGGACAUGCUGCUUUCGGUUCUGAAGUCUUGCAGACAAGGGUCUCUUAAUUCUCGAUUGGAUCAUGCAUCACUUGAAAACUCAUCAAUGGAUGACACUUCUAAUGCAAAUCGACCAGCCCUUGAGAGCAGGAGGUUGCAGGCAGACAUUCUGGUCAAGCCUAGCCGUUCAAACCAAAAAUAUUCCAGGGUGGUUUUGGGCAAGGGUGGCUUUUCAGGGGGCAAUGGCAGAACAAGCAAGGCAAAACCAACAGGAAAUCAAAAGGAUUUAAGGGGUGGGAAGGGAGUUGAGGCAUCAGCGCUCUUUCUUUUGCACAAUAGAUUUCCUAGCAGUUUCUUGGACAAGGCUGAGGAAUUCUUCUCUUCUGCGCUGAAGGCUAAUAAUUAGGUUUUGGCCUCUUAAGAUUGGGUGGAGGCAUGGUAGAAGGCUGUUCUUGGGCCAUACAGCAUGGGUUGCAGAUCUAGCUGACGAUGCACUGGUGCCAUGCCCAGGCCCUUCAGCAAUCCCAGACUCAGGAGGCAUGGGAAAGUGGAGGGAGGCUUGGACUCUUUUUUGAGUGGUGAGUCAUAAUCUUCUGACUCUCCUAAAAACAAUUAGGUUUUGCAGAAUCAGCUUUCUAACAUUUAAGCAACUCAGGUCAAUAAUCUUUUAUAGAUGUUUAGCUAUCAUUCAUGGGGCAGUAUGAUAUUCUGUAAAUCCAUUGAUGUGAUAGAAGUUUCUGGAGGAACAUGAGGCAAUGUCUUAGGAUUUCCACAAGGUGCAGUAUGAUUAGGAGGAGACUUACGUGUUUCUAUAUUUUUUCAAAGAAUGUACAAGGAAUUUGAGCUAUGCGAGUCAGGUGUACACGUGAUGAAAAAUGAGUUUAUUGAGGGGUUGAUAAUUUAUCUUGCACAAGAAAGUUGAAAGGGAAAAGGCAUUAAUUCUAGCGUAGAGGGCGUCAGGGUGUCAAGUGUACAUGCUUGUAAGCUAUCGAUUAAUUUGAAGUGUAGAUAACCGUCAUCAUCGAUUCCUGUUUCACAUUUAUACCCGUAUAUACUUUUGUUUGAA